AUGGUUAGCCACGUCCGCAAUAUGCUGAGGGAAGGUACAGACCCGAGUGAGGAUGGGGCGUAUGGCCUCUGGUUGGGUCCUAGGGAAAAUUUGAUACGCAAUCACCUCGAUCAGAAGCACAGUGCAAAUAUUUCUUUUCUACGAUAUAAAGUUGUCAACGGCUCUCUAGAGCUGUACCUACGUACUGCGCAUCUCAUCUCCGCCGAUGCGCUACAGUCCAAUUUCGAGCGGAUGUAUGAUCCCCCAGCUAAUGCUCUCCUUCUUAGCCACCGUGCUCGCGUAUUGCUUGCUAAAGCAAUUAGGGCGUCUCACGAUGGAAAACAUGAACAGGCAUCUGCUUUUGUAACGAUGGCGACAAGAGAACUGGGAGACGUCUGUGAUGAAACUACCAAUCAAGCUAUUCAGGCCAGUUUACCUGUGAUAAGUUAUCCGCCUGCCAUUGAGAGCUAA